GCGCGCUAUCGAUUUCCUCCCUUCACCUCCUCUUCUCUCCGUUGCUUUGAUCUUCCCUCCAACACCUCACCUCCUAUCUGCCCAUCAUGAACUGGCUCAAGUCUACCCUCGCCUCCGUUGCAGGAACCCAAGAACCGAUCUAUGGCCCUGGCGCCAUCCGGCCCGUUGGCACCCAGCAGACUGACGAUGCUCCUUACACUGAACUCACCAAGGAACAUCUGCGGUGGCGCGCUUAUUCUUACACCAAUGUAGAGACUCAGACCUUCUACAUCAUGGCCGACAAUGGCACCUUGGUCUUUGUUCAAAUCAUCUACAGUAACAUCGCAGGUAUUCAUACGACCGCUCAAUUCAAUACCAAGAUCUACAACCUCAGCGGCGAUGGUCCCCACAUCUGGUUCUCAGACCCCUUGUCCAAUUACAUGUUCGAUGAGAGCAUGCUUUCCUUUGCAGCAGAUAACAUCUCCUUGGCCCUCAACGAGGAGGGCGAUGCUUAUACCCUGAAGUCAGCAGUGAAUGAUGACUGUCUGGUGAACCUGACUUUCACCCGCACCUGCCCUGGUUUUGCCAUCGGAAAGGACGGCACCACAUACUUCGGCACAGACCCGGAGAACCCAUGGGGCUCUAUGCGCCAUGCGUUCUGGCCUCGAUGCACUGUUGAGGGUACUAUCACUACGAAGGAGAAGGUCUACGAUCUCAAGGGUCGGGCCAUGUUCAGCCAAGCGCUCCAGGGCAUGAAGCCCCACCAUGCGGCCGCUCGCUGGAACUUUAUCAACUUUCAGACCCCUUCAUUCUCCGCCAUCAUGAUGGAGUACACAACACCCCCAUCUUACGGAUCAACCAUCGUCAACGUUGGCGGAAUUGUUAAAGAUGGAGAAAUCAUUUAUGCUGGCACCGGCAAUACGGCUACUCAUACAGGAGCAUCCCAAGACAAGGAAAGUGACUGGCCCGAGCCCACGGCUAUCAAAUGGGAAUGGAACGGCAAGACCAAGGACCAGCAAGAGGUUGUAGCCGAGAUCAACGGCCCACUCGGCCCCAGACUUGACCGUAUCGAUGUUAUGGCCGAGGUUCCCGGCUUUAUUAAAACCAUUGCUGGUAGUGUUGCAGGCACACGGCCGUACAUCUUCCAGUUCUCGCCCCAAGAAAAGCUUACGCUGAAACUCAAGAUUGGCGAUACCGAAUACUCCGAAGAAGGAUACAUGUUUUCCGAGGCUACGUUCAUUUCUUAAUGCUUUUCCGUACAUCGAGCAUUUUCCCGGGACUAGUCGUAGGCGUUUUGAUGAUGGCCCGAUAUAUUUAUUUGCCCAUGAUGAUGCUGCUGAUUCACACCCACAUAACCCCUCUCUAAUGCCUGCAUUAUUUAUACAGUGUUAAUGCUAUUUAUAUAAUACCUCCAUGCGCUCGUUUUAGGGUUAAAUCUGA